AUCGUACCCCGUCAUGGUCACUGCGUCCAGCGAAACGUGUAUUGAAGGCCUGGUGCCCACCGACGCCAAGAUUGAUCGCCAGCGGAACCCCUCUGCUGAAAAUGAGCUAGAAAUUGGAGAGGGCAGCACUCCCGAAGGCCAGUCUCCCCCAUAUACUCCCCCACAAGAGAACCUCCUUCAUCCCACAUGCACUUGUCCACGCCGUCGGGAGCCCGUGAACCAAACAGAGACAGCGACGACAAGCCCGCCUGAUGGCACGGACUGGAAGAAGGUUGCCAAAGUGGUCGGCGGGGUUGCCUUGGUAGGCGCCGCAGUGCCCACACUUGCUGUCGCGGGUGUGGCAGCCGCGCUUCCAGUGAUCGGCUUCGGUACUGGGGGAGUCAUUGGUGGAUCCAUCGCGGCUGGCAUCCAGUCCACACUUUACGGAGCGUUCACGGGCGGACUGUUCUCCGUCUUCCAAUCUGCAGGUGCGACCAUCGUCGCGCCAGCCGCUCUUGAAGUGGUCGCGGCUGCCGGCGCCGCGACCAUCGGCGGUCGCAUGAUUGGUGCUGCAGCUGAGGAAGAGUCUGAAGAGCGUGAGAGAGAUGUUAAUGGGAGAACAGACACACGUGUGGAUUGCGCGUGUGCGCAGUGUGUUUGCGACGCGUUUUGUGCAUGUGCGUGUCGGAAGUGGCAGCGGCGCCGUCUAGAUGAAGAAACACUCCGUACUUAAGGAUGGACUGUGAAGCACGAGUUGGCUUAUGAAGCUAUAUGUUGGCAAUCUUGUUAUUUG